AUGAAUUUGCUUUUAAACUUGUUCCUGAUCCCUUUAUCCUUCGCGACUACGGUCAUCCAUGAAGGAGGAUCCUGUGGGACCAACUCGGUUCCAUAUAAGAUGAAAGUUGACAGUAAAGGCCGGCCAGAGAUUUUCUGUGAAACUCCAAUGUGCCUCGGUGUCGACUAUUCACCCCAAGCCUACAAAAACUCCGCUAAGGAUAUGUCUGUGAGUUGCGAUCCAUUCAAGGAGGUUGUGUGCGUCGACAAGCUUCAGUGGACCGGUGGUUUGUUGGAGAUUAAUAAUGGAACACAUAGAACCUUGAAAACUGAGUGCUGCUCUUAUGAAGGAAUGUCAAGCUCACAGACUGUUAAGAGCAUUUUCCUUGGACCGACCGAUAGCUAUGUCGGCGGAAUUGUUGAGAAAGACGGUGAAGUAGGGGGUUUCGAUGUUAUCAAAGAGGUCAGAAAGACAGUGAACGCCGAUAAUCAAGUACAAUACAUCGUCGCCGUUUACCGUCUUCCAUGCAUUGGAGGAGUUGAUUCGGAAGAGGACCUUCCCGCUCUUUCCAGAAACCGCCGACGACUUCGUGGUCGUGUUGACGAUUACGAAGAUGAAGGAAAAUAUCGUAUGCGUCGGCGUAACCUUGGAGCCAGACGUCGCGCUCUUCUUCAGAUACUCGAGGACUACUAUGAUUAUGAUUAUGAUUACCCGCUUCUUCGCAGAGCAUUGAAGAGAAGACAGCGUCCAGCAAUUCAGGCUGGUACUGACCGUCUCUGGCCAGUACAGUACGGAAAGCCACGUGCUUAUGCUGAAGGAGUCUACCAGGAUAAGUCCGCGUUGUCUACUAUGGAAGAUGGAUCUGCUGAAACCGCGCCAAUCCCCCCACCACCAAGUGCUUCUUUUAUUGAUUCACAGAAUGUUGCUCAAGCUGGAACUGAUACCUACCGAGCUGGCACUGGACCAGCGCCACCAGUGGGACCACCUGUUGACUCGUACUCAGGAGCUUAUUCGGGAUACCCGUCAAGCCAGUCUGGACAGUAUUCUGGAUAUCCAGUGCCACCAGCACAACAGCCACCACCGCAGCCAGCUCAACAAUCUUUCCAAGCCUCCUACCAACCCUCCUAUCAACCCGCAUAUCAACCCGCAUAUCAACCAGCAUAUCAACCAGCAUAUCAACCAGCUUACCAAUCCGCCUAUCAACCAGCUCAGCGGAACUUGAACUCAUACUUUUCCGGCAGCGGGUUUUCCGGACUUCCAUUCCAAUGCUUCUCUGGUGACAUGGAGGUGGAAACUGAGGAAGGCAUGAAGCUUAUCAAGAAUCUGAAAGUCGGAGAUAAGGUUCUCAGCAUGGAGGAAUCGUUCGUAAAUUAUUCACCCGUGAUAAUGUUCCUACACAAAAAGGACGAUGAAGAAGCCGUUUUCAACAACAUUGAGACUGUCGGCGGUCAAUCAAUCAAGCUAACCGAUAACCACUUGAUCUACAUAUCGGAGUGCAAUUCGAAAUCGGAUCUUAAGUUAGUGGCCGCAAAGGACGUCAAGGUCAAUGAUUGCAUUCACAUUGCAACCGACAAAAAUGUGAUCAUAAAGAAAAAAGUUGCCAAAAUCAGCAAGGUUUCUGGAGUUGGAAUCUAUUCUCCGCUGACCAGUACUGGAGAUAUUAUUGUGAACAAAGUUCUGGCUUCCUGCCAUUCAAAUUUAGCUUUAAAGUCACUCCAGCAAACCUUCUUCUCCUUGUAUAGGAAAGCUACUGGUUUUGUCCAAAGCUUUACCAUUUUCAAAUCCUUCGCUGAUGAAGAAGGCAACCUUCCAUACGGUCUGCAGACGAUUACGUCCGUCCUUGAUCUAUUUGUUCCUCAGAGUUUUGUCUGA